AUGCGUUACAGUCACGUCAUACAAGGUCCGCCGUCCCCUUCGGAUGCCGGACUUAUUAAGCUCAAGGCAGGGCCCUUGAAGCUGCACAAGGAGCGCCUGCCAACGUCACAACACCACCGCGUACGAAAGGCCUCCAUCUCGACCGGCACCAACACUGGCUCUGGCUCUGGCUCUGGCACCGGCACCAGUACCAGCACGCCGCCUUCCUCGGUCGACCAACACAUCGUCGCAGCCCCGCCAGUCAAGAAAGUCAGGAGCCUGAGGGCGCCCACGGAGGACGCCAUCAUCGAGGUCAAGUCGCCCGUCAAGCCCCAGCCCGACAAGCCGCUGCUGCCGGAGCUCAAGCCGUGGGAGUCGUACCUGCACUGGCUGUGCCUCACCGAGGAGCCCGGCACGCUGUGGAGCUCGUCGCUGUGUGCCACCUUCCACGAAUGCCUCGUCACCAACCCGGGCGCCGGCCAGAUCAAGGCCUCCGAGUACGCUGCCCGCAUCGAUGACAUCUACUGGAGCUUCUACCUGCCACUCGACCCGCUCUUCCAGUUCAUGGAGGACCGGAUCCUUUCCGGCUACCUGCUGCAUGUCUGGACCAUGUUCAUCGAGCUGGGCAAGAGGAUUCCCCACGACGACCCAGCGCAGGAGAAGCUGGUGGAGCUCUUGAAGGAGCUGGUGCACCUUCCGCCCAUGGAGGUGCGGACCUGGGAGGGAAACGAUGCACCCUGGACUGACCUACCAACACUCGACGACGCCCUGAUCGCAGCAUGGGACGAUCUGUACGACCCAGAGGUCCAGAUGUCUGACCCUGAAGGCCACUGGGUGAACUACUUCGUCUUCCUGGGGCGCCUGGUAUCCGCUGAUGUCACUCCCGACUGGUGGGAGAUCCCGUCCAUCACGCUCAAGGAGGUCCUCGCCGAGGACGUCGCGCCCAACUACCUGACCGUCUACAAGACCAUGGCCCUGGCCGAGUACAUGAACCAUGCCGGUGACGCCUUCUUCGAGUGGUGCAUCGACUCGGGCAUGUUGGACACCAACGCUUCCAUGUCAAUCAUCUCCCCCCUGCUGGAGACUCCCGUUCAGCGGGACUGGUUCGACAGGAGGCGGAUAGAUGACGAGGUGUGUUCGCUGGACUAA